GUAGCUGUGGUAUUUGAAAGGUUCUUUUUGGUUUUUUCCUAUAGAUUGUCAAAAGCGCCUAUAAAAAUAUUAACAUUAUUUAUAUAUUUCUUCUAUUUUCACGCUAACUUUGUAACCAUUUUCAACUUUAACUAACAAAAAAUACUAAAAUAAUCCAUAAAUUAAUUAUUACUUGCACCUAAAAACUAACCCAAAUCAAGACCAUAUUAAAAAUGUGCAAGGCGAAGUAGUUGGGAGAUUGGAAAUAAAGGAUGCUUUGCCUAAUGAAGCAAUCGAAACUGACGGUGGUGAUGCUUGCAUUGAUGGCAUUGAUGAUGGUGAGAAGGGAGACGGUGAUGCUACAACUGCAAUGGGAGAUAUGAAUGAUGAAAGCGCUAGUGAAUUAGCAGGCGUUACAGUGAAAAUUGAACGCACUAGUCCAAGUCCAUCUACGAACACUGCUCACGAAAGCAAUCGCAGUGAAGGUAAUGCAGAUUUUAGUUAUGAUAUAAAGAUUUCUAGUCCGAUUUCUUGGGCAUUCGAGCCGAUAAAAACGGAAAAAUCUCUAAUGUCUGAUGUAACAACUACGGUAUAUGCUGCAGUAAAAAAGUCAAGAAAAUCAUCAAGUAGUUCUCCUACUGUGUCUAUUCGUUCUAAACCACGUAUACUGCAAUCUCAAAGUGGGACUAACAUUCAGCCUAUGAAUAGUAAUGCGAACGGAACGGGCAACACAGAUAAAAGAUAUCGAAUUCUAUUUCAAAAUUCACGAAUUCGUAAAGAAAGCUUAGAGCAUUCGGAUGACAUGAUUUAUAAUGGUGAUUAUGAAAAACCAUGGAUCUGCCGAAAUUGCAAUCGUAAUUACAAGUGGAAAAAUAGUUUGAAAUGUCAUUUGAAAAAUGAAUGUGGCCAGCCGCCACGAUAUUUUUGCAAUAAGAUGUGUGGAUACCGCACUAACGUUCACAGUAAUUUAAAAAGACAUUUAAACACUAAAUGUCGAAGCAAGGACGAUCAAUAAAAUGAAAUGUGGAAAUAGAAAUCAUCCAAGCUUAAAUUGGUAAUUUCUUGUUUAAUGUGGUCGAAGAAAAACUCGAUUGCAAUAUAAAAAAUAUGAUAGAAUCGCAUGCUUCACAUCAAUCUAUGUCGAAUAUCCGUUCAUAUACGGUGAGCAAAUCUUUAACAUGAAGAUGUGUUCCACACGAAUCUUCUCAAAUCUAAUACCUGAUUUAUUCUUCAACCUUUCAACUUGGUUUUUAUAGAAUGUUGAACGUUAAAGCAUUCUGUCUAAUUAAUGCGUAGCGAACUGCGUAUGAAUGUAACAACUUUUGUCAAUCUAACUUCUUUAUUAAAAAUAAGAACCUGACAUAAAAUUAAAACUAACAGAAUAAACAAUAGAGUAAAUUAAAGAUCAAAAAAGCAAACGUAUUGAUUUUUGGGCUUUUCAAAUGAAGCAAAUAGUCAAAAGAAGCUCUUUGAAAUUUAACUAAUACUAUGAUUGAUAAUUGAAAAAUCUUUGAAACACAUAAUUUAUAUACAUAAUUUUCAUUAUUUAUACAUAUAUAUAAUGUAUUGGAAGUAUAUUUGAUUGUCAUUUAAAAAAAAUUGCAUAGCAUUGAAUUAUCCAACAUGGUGAAUUGAAAUAGUCCGGAAACUUAACAUGGCCAUCGUUAGGUAAAGCGGUAAUGUACAAUAAAAAAGGUCAUCAUCUGAGAAUAUAUGAAAUUCUAGUCAAAUAUCUAUGUUUUAUCAUUUAUAAUUUGCUUCUCAGUCUAUUCUUUACACACAUAUUUAUAUAACGUAAUAUUUAUUCUUUAUAUUUAAUCAAUUUAUGUAUUCAUAGUUUUAUAAUAAUUUAUUCAAAAUUAGCUAGAUAAUAUGACGUGGAGUUGAAACGAGUCGUAAUAAUAAAAGUUUACUUUUUUACAAAGAAAUAUGUUAGCCACCUUACCCAUAUCGAAUAAUUUGCAAAUAGUUUAUUCCUUCUAUUAGUGCAACAAAAUUUCUAAAUUAUAUACUGGAUAAUGUUUCAAUACCAGUAAAUACGAUUGAAAUAACCUCUAUUUUAUUAUUACUAAAGGAGAUCAUACACUAAAAACUGAAUUGAAAAUUGCUUAGUGGAAAAUACAACAUUUGAAAUCAAUUUGGUUUGCAACAAUACAAAAUAUAUAUGUUCAAUAAUAAUAAUUAUCUGUACCAUUUUCUAUAGGGUAAGUUUAAGUCACAAAUGAGUUGAAUAUAAAUGGAAAACCGAAACUAAAUAAUAAAUACUCGUUCAAAAUUUUA